AUUGCAUCACCGGCGACUCCUGACAACUGUCUUCCACUAGCUUCCACGAACUUAGUGACUUGCAUGGCGGAGUUUGCACCCGAUGUCCUGUGUUUCUUGUAAGACGUCGACAGUGAGUGCUUUUCCUACUCCUGUGUGACGCCAGGCCUGCCCCGCGCCCCUGUUCACCCCCGGGUAGCCGUGGCCCAGGUGAUGGCGCGGCGAGGUGCUCGUGAAUUAAGAGUGUAAAUGUGUCGUGAUGGUUGAUAAUUAAUGAAGAAGAACGUCUUGUAGGCGUGUGAGGGCAGCCACCACCAGAGGGGGAGGGGUAAGGCAGCCAGCUCCCGCGCGCGCAGCAAAAUCGCGCAGGGCAACCGAGUCCACGGCAAGACUCUCGAGACGCUCCCGCAAGUCCCGCCGCGCUCGCCUGCCUGCCUCAGUUCGGUCACGACUGGUGAGGCAUAUGGACUUGCUGCGCUCCGGUCAGUGCGCUUUGAGCUAAAUUGCACGGAUAUUGGGCGGUCAGAGCUGGUUCCUGGCACGCGAGACCCGCCGCUGUGACACUGACGGCGAGUGCUGAUUGAUAAUUUGCCGACCAACAUAAUCAGUGAAUUAGUUUUUUGGUUAAGGUUUUAAUCUGGUGAUAUGGAUGUUGGUUUUUUGUAGCCAUUACUAGUUCUUCUUGUUUUUAAUCGGAAACCAAAGAUUGAACAAGUAUUUAGCGUGUGAAUCAGGAAGAACAGCUCGCCCCAAAACAACAACACCGCCACAACACCCCCUCCCGGAUACAGAGGGUCGACGGGACGAGAACGAAGCGCCUCGCCUCCACUGUCUUAGACUUCGAGUAAGGUGACGCUGGAAUCCGUCUUCAUGGCCCGGUGUUGAGGCAGUGCGGACUCCGGACUCAGGAUUAAGACCCACCAUCGGAGUCCUCAAGGAGCAGCGCAGCAAAAAUGGACCCGCCCAACAUGGACAUGGAGCUCUUCGAGGCCCUGCUCGCCAACAUGCAGCAGAACCUCCCUCCGGGCGGCGCGGCUUACGAUGACGACGUCGACGAUGAUGACGACGAUUUCGAGGACGACGAUGACGACGACGACGACGACGAAUACGAAUACGGCGGAGGCCACGAACACAGCAUCCACUCGAUGCCCAACCCGUACGGCGGCGGCGGCGGCGAGGGCGGCGACCUGGCGCUGCCUACCAUGCAGACGAUGAGCAUCCUGCAGGGGCUGCUCAACAUGAACCCCGCGGCGCUGCCCGGCGGCAUGGGGGACAUGGGCGGCGCCAUGACCGGAUCCAUGAACAGCGGCAUGGGCGGCAUGGGCUCCCCGAUGGACGGCGGCGCUGGCAGCUUCCUCUCCAACAUGCCCUCCUUCCUCCCCAACAUGAACCCCGAGAUGGCCGGCUCGCUGGCGGGCGCCUUCGCGGGCGGCAUCGGCGCGCUCAUAGACGGCUUCGCCGGCGGGCCUGGCGGAGGCGGCGGCGGCGGCGGCGCCAACAUCACCGAGUACCACGAGGAUGACCUUCUGUCCGAUGAGGAGGACGAGGAGGACGACGACGAGGAUGACGAGGACGACGAAGAGCUUGAAGAGCGAGUCGGCAUGGGCUCCGUUGCUGUGGCGGCUGCGGGCGUGGCAGCAGUGGGGACCGUGGGCGGCAUGAUGGCCUCCAGACUACUGGGGUCCGGCGGCCCGCACCCCGCCCACAUGCAGCACCCCGACCACCCCGCCCACGCCCCACACCCGUCCCAUGGCCACGGCCCCGCGCCUCUCGGCUUCACACACCCUUACCCCGCGGACAUACUCAGCCCACCCACGGCACACCCACAGCUGCCACCUACCACGCACCCGCAGCUGCCGCCCGCCGCCCACCACACCAGCAUGGCGCCCAGCAUGAGCGGUGGCUCGGUGCGAAGUGUCGACCCCCUCGCCGGUGUGCCCAUGGGCCUGGCGGGCGUGGCUGCCGGCGCCAGCCUCUUGGCGCCGGUGGUGAGCAGCUUACUCAGCUCCAGCAAGCCCGCCGCCAAGCUGGACAACUCCGACGCCUCCAAUGCCACUCUGGUGGGCGACGACUCGCUCAACUCCACCAAGACACUCUCGCCAGCUGCCCCCACCACUGCUGCCGCUGCCGCUGCUGCCGCCGCCGCCGCCACCGCUGCGGCACUCGAGAAGACCCAUAUCUCCCCGCCCAGCAAGGAAAACCCAAAACCCACCUCCCCAGAACCCAAGCAGGACCCCAAAAAGGUUGAGGCCGCCAAGCCUGCGGCGACGCCUAAGAAAGACGAGAACGAGAAGAAGCAGGAGAGCGUAAACGAGGAAACAACUGACGUGACCGAGACUCGCGAAGAGACGCCCAAGCCCACGCGUGUCCCUUCCCCGAAGGAGGACCAAGAGGACGACAAGUCGAGUGUUGGGUCCGACUCCGUGCCGGGCUCAGAGGAGGCGGUGGACGGCAAGUCCGACACAGAGAGCGUGAGGAAGAAGACGCCGUCGCCCGUGCUGGUAGAGAAGAUGGGCCGCCUCAGCCCCACCGGCAGCGAGUCCACGCCCGUGCUGGAGUCCGCCAGCUGUGCCUCCAUCACAGACCUGGCCAGCGCCACGGAGUCCAUGCGAGACUCCGACACCGACAAUCACUCGGACGCCCACAACGUGACGGCAAACCUCUCGGACCUAGACAACGACCUGCACGAGACGCAGCAGCCCAAGGUGCGCGCCCCGCCGCAGUACGCCGUCGGCGGCCACCUGCCCAUCGUGAUCGAGAAGCCCACGUUCGGCUGGCAGUCCAUGGUGGGCCUUGACACCGCCAAGGAUGCCCUCAAGAGCCUCUUCAUGAGCGAUACCUUCCCAGAGGUGUACGAAGGCACGCAGGGCACGUGCAAGGGCGUGCUACUCUUCGGGCCCGUCGGCUCCGGCAAGACCUGCCUUGCACGAGCCCUCGCCAAGGAGGCUCAGGACGCCAUCCUGAUCGGCAUCUCAACGGCGUACCUGGCGACGCAGCCGCCGCACGAGGCGCCCAAGAUCGUCCGCUACCUGUUCGACCACGCCCGCAUGCACAGCCCCGCCGUCAUUCUCUUCGACGAGGUGGACGCUCUCUGCUACGACCGAUCGAGCGAAACCGCGCUCAAGGCCAAGAUGGAGCUGCUCCACCAGAUCAGAGCUCUCACCACCCUCAACCCUCCGUACCCCCCUGGCAUCAACCCCGACGCCUUCAACGACGGCAUCAUGGUCCUCGGAACGACUAACCAGCCCUGGCUCCUCGAGGACGACCUGCGCCGGAUCUUCACCUACAACAUCCACGUGAAGCUGCCGGGCGAGAAGGCGCGGGAGGAGCUGUUCCGAAUGUUCCUGCAGACGCUGCCACACACCCUCACCGAUGACCACUUCAAAUGCCUCGUAGCCAAGAGCGAAGGGUACAACGCGGCCGACAUCAACAUGGUGGUGAGGCAAGUGGUGGCGCAGAGGUCCCCGACAGACCCCAACAAGUACAUCCAGAACGUCAAUCGAGUCAUUACCUACGACGACCUCGCCACUGUCAUGACGGAGUACAGGUGUCGAUUCACGGAGGAGGCGUCCAACAAGUACCAGACCUACAUCAAGUCCGCCACACACAGAUCAGAGGAGCGGCGGGAAGACACGAAGAAUGAGGAGAAGGGGAAGCCCAAGGGCGUCAAGAAGUUCGGCCAGAGGAUCGCCAAGUCCAUUGCUGCCGCGCUCGUUGCUGUGAUAGAUUAAUCUGUGUUUAGCUUGUAGUGAAAAAGACAGCCCUGGCGCGGCGGCGGCGGACGCGGCGACGGCGGCGGCAGUGGCGUGGGUGGCAGCGGCCUGGCCUGACGUGGCGCGCCGCACAGUUGUAUCUAGCCUUGUAUAGUCUGUCUGUGAUGAAACAUUAAGUAAUAAUUACACCUGCGCCGGCCACGGCCUGAGGGAGGCGUGGCGGCGAGCGGCGUGUCCAGGGGGUCUCUCCGAGGCCUCGCCAGGGCCUGGGGAACUUAGUCACUGAGUCAUUACUUCCUGAUCCCUACCACCACCACCACCACCACAACACCGUGAUCCCAAGCCAACGUUCCGCCUGCUGCCUGCUGCCUGCUGCCCUGCCUGCGCCCGCCCCACCAGCGCCCCACGCAGGCAGCAGCCCACCGGAGCCGCAGCGGCCCCCGGGACCACUAGUGCCUUUGUGUUGACUUGUGAACUGAGUCUGAGUUGUGGUGUGUCGCGCCCCGCGGCCCUGUGUGUGUGCGGGCGUGAGGACCCUCGGCGGGGGGCGCCGGCCCCAGGGGGCGGUCGGAGGUGCUGGUCUGUGUUGUACAAAUCUUCGAUAGAUAAUCAUCCAUUUCGCCUAAGUCACGUGAUCUCAAAAGUGCGUAUGCGGUAACUUCCCGUUUUACUAUUAUUAUUAUUAUUAUUAUUAUUAUUAUUAUUAUUAUUAUUAUUUUCUUUUUUUUGUAGGUCAAAAUGCGAAUUGUUUAGUGAUCUAAAGUGAUAAUAAUCAUACAUUAAGUGUCUUGGUCAACAUUACAUUAUCUCGUGCAUCAUGAUUGUGGUAUUUGUUGUCGUCAGUCUUGACCCGAAAACUCGCCCAAAAGACAAGAGCCGAGCGUCGCGUCGCCCCAACACGCCCGUAGUGAGCCUCUGUUAGCGUUCCCUUGCUUCGGUCGCGACGCUGCGGUGCUGGGAGGGUGCGCAUGUGACGCACCCCAGAGUGGCAUUGUGAAGGCUUGCGCGCUGGCCGGCGGCGGGAGGACGAGACUCGUGGCCACACCACAAACACUUGUUCACGCUCCGUCUGCCACACUGUUUGAUGUAAGCAGCCCUUCCCUUGCUCCCCAAUGGUCUUUCAGUGCCCCUCCAAAGUGACCUUAGCCUGUAGUGCAACAUGCUGAGUAUCCCCUCAAGUCGACCUUAGCUUCCCUUUGAGGCCUCAUCCGCCACAGCUGUUUAUUAUGCAAGAUGUCACCUUCCUGUCCCUUGCUUUCCAGUACUGCAAGUCAAGUACACCUGUAACUCAGUAGUGCAAGUUAGUGUCCCUUCAAAAUUACCUUAGCUUCCCUCUGAGGCUCCGUCCGCAACACUGUUUGAUGUGCGAGGACUGUAAGCAUCCCUUCCCUUGCUUCCCUGUAGUGCAAGCCUGUAGAUGUCCCUUAAAAGCAAGUUGGAGGUCAACCUUAGCCAGUAGUGCAAGUCUUUCAGUACCCCUUCAGAUCGCCCUCAGACAAGCUCUUAGGAGCGUCCACAAGUAGCUGCUACACCCUUGCCUCCCUUAUGUUUGUAAGGGCCCUCAAGUCCUCUUCAUUUGGCAUUACCCGCGUGUGGGUGGAGAGAGCGACAAGGCCUCCCGAGCUCCGGCUAGCGCGCGACGCCUGUGGUGUUAUAAAGACAAACUAGUGCCUGUUUGAGCCUCCAAACAACCUGUGUGUGUCUACAGCGAGUCAGCGCCUCCCACGAGCACGCUUCCGUCACUCAAGGGCUGCCUCGCGUCCAGGCGGGCAGAGCCAUCACCUGUUAGACUCCUGAUGAACUUUACUGUUUGGUUAUUUUUGGCGUGCGUACGUGAAUUCUUGCUCCAAUGUGGCGCUGCUGGCGGUAUGAGGAGUGAUUUGACUCGACCCUUCCUGACCUACCUACCCACCCUCCUUACCCUCCCAAGUCCCCUCCUCCUCCGUGGUCGUGUUGUGUAGAGCUUGGUGUGGGUGUAGGCGGCGCUGCGCUAAGGUGGUGCUUCUCUGCAGGUCUGGGAUGCGGGAAUUCUUGCUUCUGUGCUUCUCUUAUCCAGUACUGGUUCAGCAUAUUGUCCAAGAUUUGUCAAGUGACGUUUUUUCUCUUAAGCGGGGCAAAUGGGUUAUGGUGAGUUUCGUUUUUUAUAUCAUAUCGUUUAUAUAUAUACAUACUUUUUUUUCCUUGUUGACAUUUAUUUUACUUCACGUCUGUUGGCAUCUUUUUCACUGGACCUUCUUUCUGCUUUUUUUUUUCUUUUUUUUUCUGUGUUAGUCUUGAGCUUGUUGAUUAGGGAUUCUCAGGACUUGCCGUGAGAUUCUAAGUCCUCGUGGAAUAUCCUUCGUCCCGGCCCUAGGGAGAGCACCUCGCCUGCCGAACACGACGCCCAGCCGCCUCUGUUUCGCUUAGUUUGAAAUAUGGAUGGCGAGCGACCCUCCCUCGACCCUGUCUUCACUUACCCCUCCACCGCAUCCUCGCCCCAACCCUCCUUCCCUCCACCUAUCCACUACUACUGUCCCUCCUCCCUCCGCUUCUUCCCCUCCUCCACCAUCCGUCCAUCUCUUCCUGUCACCCUCACCUCCUCCUCCUGCUUUCUCUCCCUCUCUUCCCCUUCCCUCCAUUCCUCCCCAUCCAUCCAGUACACCGCCCGUAUUUUUUUUUCUUUUUUUGGUAGUGGAAAUAAAAUUGUUUACAAGAAGUACUACACGAUGGACAUUUAUAGACCCCCGUUUUUUUUUUGUUUUUUUUGCCGUAGCAUUGUUCGUGCUUAGCCAGUAAGGAUGUAAAAAGUACCGAGAAGGCUGUGUGACAGUCUUGGUGUGUGUCCGCGUGUGCGUAGACAUGUGUGUACCCACGUGUCUUGUGUGAACUAUGGUGUCGCUGGAAGCCUUUCUUUUGUUUUUGUUGGGGGUGUGGGGCGGAGCGCACUGUUCCCCCGCCCCCCCAUGCCCCCCUCCCCUCGCGACCCCCCAUAGUUGUAAAUGAAUACUACCCCCAUCCUGCCCCCCUCCCCUCCCUCACCCCCCACACACAUUCCCACAGUGAAGUGUACGGGCGAAAAAUGACCCUCCUCUUCCUCCUCCUCCUCUUCCUGAUCCUUUCCUCUCCUCCACCUCCUCCUCCUCCUCCUCCUCUUCCUCCUCCCCCCCCCCACCCCCCUCGUCCACUUCUGCUGUGUUGAUCUGCUCCUGCUGUUGUUAUAUGCUGAUGCUGCUACUGCUUUGUGCCACAGCUGAUCAGGGGGUCUGCUGUCUCUCCCUCACUCUCCCUCUUCCUCCCUGGCGGUGGUGUGUGUGUCUUUCUGCUCAUUAUAAUUAUUACCAUCAUUUAUUAUUAUUAUCAUUAUUAUUAUUGUUCAGGAUGAUGUGCCUUCGUGUGAUGUUGUAGUGAAGAAAGUUUUUAUUUGAUCUGAAGUUUGGUCUUUUUUUAACUUCUCUCGUGUGAGGAAAUGGAACACCCACAACCCCUUGAUUUCCUUCCUCCUCCUCCUCCUCUUAUAGUUUAAUACUUUGUUUCGGAUGAGAAAUUGUGAUGUACCGUGUAGCUCCAUCCCCCUCCCACACACUCCUCUCUUCCUCCUCCUCCUCUUCCUCCUCCUCUUCGUCCCCCUCAUGUCAGAUUUUUGUUGUUUUGGCUAAGAAUUCAAGAUGUACCGUCUAGCCCCCCUCCCUCCUAACCUUCUCCUCCUCCCCCUCUUCCUCCUCCUCCCUCGCCCGCCGUGUCCAGGGAGGGAAGAGGAAGGCGGCGGCGGUGGCGGCGACGGCGUCAGUGCAAUAAGUGGUCUGUCUUGGAUGUUAACGAUGUUUGCUUCUUGCUUGUUUGUUUUUGUUUUUAUUGUCAUGUAUAGUGCUGUGGCCAGUCCCCCCCCCCCCCCUCUCUCUCUCUCUCUCUCUCUCUCUCUCUCUCUCUCUCUCUCUCUCGCUCUCGCUCUCGCUCUCUAAAAGUUAAAGAACAUAUGUGUUACGAUUGACUCACGUGUGUGUGUGUGUGUGUGUUCAGUCUGGUAUCGAACACCUGUCAGUGAUUAGAGGGACGCACAGCCACCAAGGGCAUGUAAGUGGAUGGCUGACUGGCUGGCUGGCUGGCUGACGCACGGCUACCUGACUGGCUGACUGGCUCUACGCACGGCCACUGGAAGGGUUAAUCUGCCGGCGCUACGACCCCGAAGCGACGACCUGAAGGGUACAUCCGGCAGCUGACACACAGCGAAGCCCCCUCAGGGUAACCUCCAGGCCCCUGCCCUUCCCCCCCUCUCCCUAACUCCCGCGAUGGUCAGGGUCACGGGGUCAACCAGCAGGAGGGAGCGCUGACCCCCCUUCUCCCCCUUCCCCUGCUCGGUAAUUUCGCUGCGUCGACGUCGGAAAUCCGCGGUGUGGAUGCGGUUUUUGGAUCAUUUUUAUUAUGUACGCGGAGCGAGGUACACACACACACACACACACACACACACACACACACUCAUACCGCGUUUGACGUCAGCGCUUCCUCCGGUUGCGCCAUGUUCAACGCGCGCGUGUGUGUGUGUGUGUGUGUGUGUGUUCGCGCAAUCACCAGUCACUAAGUUUGGAGGAGCCACGUGCUUGUCUCUGGUCAGUUUUCGGUUAAGAAGAAAUAACAAAAAUACAAUUGACUCCAACCCUCCUCCCCCUCCCCCUCCCUCCCCCCCGUCUCGCCACUUCACUUCCCGCCUGGUAAAAAAGCUAAUCGGAGUCAACCUUCCGUAAUCGCCAGGGCCUCACGCUCGGUCGCUUUUCUUUUGUUUCUCUGCUACCGCCGCCUUUGUGACAUGCCCUCCACCCUCCCUUCGUUCCCUCACUCCCCCGCUGCUGGCUCGUGCGCUACCGUCGCCAGCCACUCGUGUUAUGCCGGGGAGCGCGCUUUUGAGUCACCCUUGCUCCGAUUAGUGCUUUAGUGAGUCCUUGUUCGGGAUGGACUCGCGGUAACCGUCAGUAAAUGUUGAAGCAGUCACAUUAUGCGGUAGUUUCACGUGUGUGUCAUUGAUGCGUAGCCCAAGAGUCAUCAUUCGUGGUCUUACUCUCAACUGACUCGAUAAACGUUCAGGAGUCAUCGCUGAAGACGUUUGGUGUGAUUGAAAAACGUUGCCUCGAUGAGUUACGAUCGUCGCGUCCUGGGUCCAGCGGGUGACACGAGACACGAGUGACAGUCUGUCCUGCGCCUCUCCUUUCCUCCCUUUCCUCCGCGCGUCCGUCCACCUGCCCAUCCCAGGGUUACCAGCUCAUCCCUUCCUCCCCUUUCCUCCGACGCCGACAGCUGCAUCCUUCACCGCCACCACCAUCACCUCCCCCCCGCCUUCCCUCACCAUCGUGCUCGCCAUCUGGACCCUCGGAAAGCCGCAGACGACUAGCGUGAACUGGACUUAGUGUCUGAGAGAGAGAGAGAGAGAGAGAGAGAGAGAGAGAGAGAGAGAGAGAGAGAGAGAGAGAGAGAGAAUGUUUACCUGUACUUCAGCCAUUGUUAACUUUUUUACUUUCCAUUCUUACCCUUUUUAAUACUUUCUCUUGCUUCAUAAUUUCAUUCCUCUCCUUGGCCCUCCCUCCCUUCCCCCCCCUCCCUUCCCCCCUCCCCAGCCUGUGAGGGGGACUGGCUUGCUGCUGCUCUAGCUCUCCAGAGGCAGGGACGAAUGUUGCAAUAAAUGGAUGCCGCUCCAGUAAAGAUUAUUAUGAUAUUUGCUGCUAUUAUUGUUAUUAUUAUUAUUAUUAUUAUUUCAUCAUUGUCAUACACAUCCCCUAUUUACUCUCUCUCUCUCUCUCUCUCUCUCUCUCUCUCUCUCUCUCUCUCUCUCUCUCUCUCUCUCUCUCUCUCUCUCGUUCUUGGUCUCUGUAACACGAUCCCUCCCGCCGGUGAGGUGACAUCUUUCCCUCAGUUCUUCCUCCCCCGCUUCCCUUCCUCCGCCCCCGCCCUCCCCCCUACCCAUGCUUACCCUGAGGGACUCCGGGCCCAACCCUAUUACAAGGUCUUCCAAUGUUGAGAUGAGGACUGAGUCAGCGGUCCAGAGUAGUGAGUUGUAUCCUUUAGCCGUAAGCCGUUUGUGCCCUGUCUGUCUGUCUGUCUGUCUGUCCUCACGAAUUAUUUGAUGUCGGGGGUGGGUGUGCUCUCGGGCGUCUGUCAUCUCAAAGCGAGUGUUCUCAUGUUAUUAUUUCCUGUAUCUCUUUUAGUGUAUGUGUUUGUUUCCUCCCCGUUCAUGAAGUGAGGACCCAGCGUCGGUUUGUGAAAGGGGAAGGGUUUCUUGUGUUCUGGUUCCAAUGAUUUUUCUUUCCGUGUAUAUUCGUGUAAGAAAAAUUUAUUCUCGUAAAAGUUGAACGCCCUCAAGGCCAUGACGUGCUGCAAUGAGGGAAAACUAAACUCUCCAGAAAAAAAAAAUAUGAUUGCAAAAGUGGAAUCUAUCGGUUUGGUAUUAAGUGAAGGCAUUUGCACACGAGUAUAUUCGGUGUUUUCUCCUUUUAUGUACAUUUUCUCGUUUACGAAGUGAGGAGCGUCUGCUUUCUGGAAGGGGAAGUGUUACUUUUUAUCAGUUCCAAUAUUUUUCCCCCCCAAAUGUGAUUCCUUUUUACUCCUCCUCAGUCGUGAUGCUUCCAUGAUUGUUGUUAUUUUCAAGCCCUUUACCAAUAUCAUACUACUACGCCCAUUCCCUACUACUGUUUGUGUUUAUCGAUGCAAUAAUACAUUCCGAUACACUUGUUUGUUUCUGCUGUAAUUUUGGGUUUUUUUGCUAAGCCUCGAGAGACUGGAGUGCGGGGUGCUUCCUUGUAUGUAUGUUAACAGCUCGUUUUGUCCUCAAGUAUAUUAAUGUUUACCAUGAAGUUGCCUGUGAUGGGAACCUGUAUCUCGUUCUCCUUGACUUUUUUUCAUUAUUAUUAUACUUUUUACGCUUGGGUUAUGUCUGUCGUUCGAUUUUGGAAGAAAGUGUUUUCUCUCACAUGAUAUAUCCAUAGUUAUUCGCUGCGCCCUGUUGCCUCCCCUCUCUGCUCCUUCUCCCCAAGACAAAAAAACGGCAAGCAAGGGUUUAAAAAUAUAUAUUCACUUCGUGUUGAUCAGAUUGUUAUGAUCGAUGAGGUCCAGAGAUUCAGUCCCCCCUUUGCCUUACCUGUGUGAUAAAAGGUGUUCCGUUGUGUCACUAGCGGCUCCCCCGUGUGUGUGUGUGUGUGUGUGUGUGUACGUGCGUGUGUCUGCGAGGAAGGUUGACUGCGUGUGGCCAGCAUCCGCGUCGCUUUUACCAGCUCACUUGUCAAAUUGUACCAAGUUUUUGUGAUUUUUUAAAGUAAGGAUUUUUCUGCUUCACGGAGAUACUUUGAAGUUUGUUGAUGGUUUGCCUGCUGCGAGGUGUGCUUGUGUGCGUGUAGCGCCGCUAGGUGGGGCCCUGUGACCAACGGUAUACGAUCUUUUUAAACUGUAUCAGAAACUCUAUGCAAAUUUACUACUGUAGGAUCAGCUGGUCUUAAUAAACGUUAUUUUAUUAUUGCCAUA